CUGACGCUGAAGUGAACUAAGUUUAGACUCACCUGCUUGCUAUGUUUCUCAAUAUUCAAAACGUGUACUUUUCCUUUGAGGAUCACCCUUUCGCUAACAUCGGAUGCAGCACCACUGUAUUUUUCUGAUCGACUUCUGUCUCUGCUGAAUCUACUCAUCGCCCAGCACUUCCCUCCACCAAGAAUUUUAUGAUGUACUCGACCCCAUUCUGCAGGGUCACUUCCUGGAAGGGUAACGUCUUCAUGUAGACGUUUAUGAUAAAAUCAUGAAAUGAAGAUUAUGUUUACGUGGUCUUUUUGUGGGCGAGCGUUUUUGUAUAAGUGUUGUAGUGACUAACCUCAAAAUUUUGUCUUUUUUACAUUUGGAUGCAUAAAUUACAACGGUGAGAUAGUGUUUAUUGUACAGGCAUGUUCAAGUUUAGCGUCAGCGUACAUUGUGAUAAUCCCAACAUGGCGGGUAGCAGAAGCCAUUUGAUUUCCUUGUUUAUCGUGCUAGGAGUCAUUCAUGGAACCCAGAGCUACAAACAGCUGAAACACACAUACCAGGAAGCUAAACAACGAUGGAAUUAUGUCCAAGUGCGACAGAAUGCUCACAUGUUUUGGUGGCUUUACUACACAACAGCAAGCACCAACUACCAGUCCAAGCCUCUGGUAUUGUGGCUACAGGGUGGACCUGGAGGUUCUUCAACAGGUUUUGGCAAUUUUGGAGAAAUAGGGCCUUUAGAUGUCAAUCAAAAUCCCAGGCGUACAACUUGGCUGUCCAAGGUGAGCCUGUUAUUUAUAGACAAUCCUGUGGGAGCUGGCUUCAGUUAUGUCACUGAUGACUCGGCAUACACUACCAACAAUGACAUGAUUGCUGCAGAUCUACUUACAGUGCUUAUGGCCUUUUUGAAGGAAUUACCAGACUUCAGGACCAUACCCUUCUUUAUCUUUUGUGAAUCCUAUGGAGGCAAAAUGACAGCUGGCUUUAGUUUGGCUCUGCAGAAGGCCAUUAUAGCCAGGCAAAUUGAUUGCAAUUUCAAGGGUUUUGCUCUGGGUGACUCCUGGAUCUCACCCUGGGACUCCACAUUUACAUGGGGACCUUACUUGAAGGCUACGUCUCUUAUUGAUGAACAUGGACUACAGCUUAUUAAUGGUAGUGUUGUGGUGGCCAGAAAAGCUUACGACAAUGGGAAGUAUGGGUUAGCGACUGAUGAAUGGGGGAAGACACAAGAAAUAUUGGAAAGUCUUACUGGUGGAGUGAACUUCUACAACAUCCUACAGUGGAACAGCCAGGAAGAUACCAAACACAGUUACAAGAAGUACAAAGAGCAAUCUAUAUUUGAAAGGCUUGUCCAUAGAAACUUGGCACAUUUAAGCAGUGAUUCCCUGGAUCAGUUGAUGAAUGGACCAAUUAGAAAAAAAUUGGGGAUCAUCCCACGUAAUGUUACUUGGGGAGGUCAGUCUGAUAAGGUGUUUGAGCACCUAAAAGAGGACUUCAUGAAACCUGUAGUAAAUGUUGUUGAUGAGCUUCUUAGAAUGUCAAAUCUUUCAGUAAACAUUUAUACUGGGCAGUUGGACCUAAUAGUUGACACUUUGGGCACUGAGGCAUGGGUUCAAAAACUUACCUGGCCAUACUUACAUCAGUUCAAUACAGCUAAAAGGAAACCUCUGCUGGAUCCCUUGAAGAAAAAUCCCAUUGCAUUUGUCAAGCAGUACAAGAAUCUGGGUUUCUAUUGGAUUCUUGAUGCUGGACACAUGGUACCUGCAGAUGCAGGGGAGGCGGCACUGAUGAUGUUGGACAUGGUGACAUCAUAAAACAAUAUUUUCCACAUUCCUUUUUAAGAUAUCAGUGAGAAAUGCCAGAUGAUAAUGGAGGAAGCAAAAUAUGCUGUUAAGGAGACCUCUCUCCAGUCUGGACAUUUUAGUGAUUUGCAUAAAGCAAAAAUGGCAAAGAAAUAAUGGAGAUAAUUUCUUAAAGAUACAUAAACGAGAGAAUCUGCACUCCAACAUAGAGAUAUCAGUACCAGAUUCUUUGCAUAAGUAAAAUCCACAUGCCAAAAACAAAAUCUCUUGGGCAGUAGAAAAAAGGCUUUUAACCUGCAUGGUCUUCAAAUUGUGGUAAAUUUUUCCUCCAGUCCCUAAAGGACAGAAAUUAAUAUCCGUUUUCGAAAAAGAAUGUAACUAAAAAUUUGUGGAAUUUCUUUCACCUAUAUUAUUUGAAACACUCUGGAGGUAUUUAAUUGAGUUUAGUGGCAAUAGUUUGACAUAAAUACCAGCUUAAUGUGCUUCUUUACUCAUAUCGCUUCCGCCUGCAGUUCAGCUUCACAGCAUUCAUGUUACUUUGUCGAUAAUAACAUAUCACAUAUUGAUCUUGAGGAAUAUUUUUUACAAUGCUAACAAUUUGAUUUAAACUAGUGAACUACUUGGCUGAGGAAAAUUGUAUUAUGACUUUUCUUCUGAAAAUUAGCAGCAGGGAUGUCUAAUUAAAUUUUUUAUUUGGACUAUUUAUUUUGUCAGCAAUAUUUACACUUUUAUUAUACUUGAAUAUGUCAAAUUAUAUAAUAUAAUGCUUGCCCACUUUAUGGGUGACCAACAUAAGCAUAAGUAGGUACAAGUUCUGUAAAAGAUCUUGCAAGAAAAUUUUUUGAUUUAACUUAUUACACAUCUUUCAUAUGUCAGAAGAUAACACAAUAAAAUUUUUAAAAUAUAUAAUUUGAAUAGA